CCAGGCCUAGGUCCCCCAAGCUCAGCUGGGGCUGCGCGGCGUGGAGGCGUGAGCGGUCCGCGGACUGACGCUUGAGGCCGGAGCUAGCCAGGAGUGCCGGAGGAAAGCUGAGAGCGGGCUAGCGCGCGGGUGGUGGUGGUCGGCCGCCGCUAUGUCAGCACGGUGCUGUGCGGGCCAGUUGGCCUGCUGCUGUGGGAACGCCGGCUGCUCCUACUGCUGUGGCCCCAAGGUCCGUCAGUCCCGGAGUACCCGCUUCAUGUACGCACUCUACUUCAUCCUGGUCGUCAUCAUCUGCUGCAUCAUGAUGUCCAACACCGUGGCCAACGAGAUGAGGGAGCACAUCCCUUAUUUUGAAGAUAUCUGUAAAGGCAUUAAAGCUGGUGACACCUGUGAGAAGCUCGUGGGGUAUUCUGCAGUAUACAGAGUCUGUUUUGGAAUGGCCUGUUUCUUCUUCCUCUUCUGCCUCCUGACCUUGAACGUCAACAACAGUAAAAGCUGUAGAGCCUACAUUCACAAUGGCUUUUGGUUCUUUAAACUCCUGCUGUUGGGGGCCAUGUGCUCAGGAGCCUUCUUCAUUCCAGAUCAGGAGACCUUUCUGAAUGCCUGGCGCUAUGUGGGAGCUGUUGGAGGCUUCCUCUUCAUAGUCAUCCAGCUCCUCUUGCUUGUGGAGUUUGCACAUAAAUGGAACAAGAACUGGACUGCAGGCACAGCUACCAACAAGCUGUGGUACGCCUCUCUGUCCCUGGUGACCCUCGUCGCGUACUCCAUCACCACGGGAGGUUUGAUUUGGAUGGCAGUGUUUUAUACCCAGAAAGAUGGCUGCUUGGAAAAUAAAAUUCUCCUGGGAGUAAAUGGAGGCCUGUGUCUACUUAUGUCAGUGGUAUCCAUCUCACCUUCUGUCCGAGAUCGACAGCCGCACUCUGGGAUACUGCAGUCGGGUCUCAUCAGCUGCUAUGUCACAUAUCUCACGUUCUCAGCCCUCUCCAGCAAACCUGCAGAAGUAGUCCUAGAUGAACACGGGAAGAACGUCACCAUCUGUGUGCCUAACUUUGGCCAGGACCUAUACAGGGACAAGACCUUGGUUGCUGGUCUGGGCACUGCCAUCUUGUGUGUGUGCAUAUUGUAUUCAUGUUUGACAUCGACGACAAGAUCAAGUUCCGAUGCUCUGCAGGGCCGGUACACAGCUCCCGAGCUGGAAGUAGCCCGGUGUUGCUUUUGCUUCGGCUCUGGGGGAGAGGAUGCUGAAGAGAAGCGGAAUAUGAAAGAGGGCCCACGGGUCAUUUAUGAUGAGAAGAAAGGCACCGUCUACAGCUAUGCCUAUUUCCACUUCAUGUUCUUCUUGGCUUCCCUCUAUGUGAUGAUGACCGUCACCAACUGGUUCAACUACGAAAGUGCCAACAUCGAGACCUUCUUCAGCGGGAGCUGGUCCAUCUUUUGGGUUAAGAUGGCUUCCUGCUGGAUAUGUGUUCUCCUGUACCUGGGCACGCUGGUCGCCCCACUCUGUCGACCCUCUCCUCAGUACUCCGUGUGAGGAUCUGAGCAAUCUCCUUGGUUCUGCAGCGGGAAGUGAUGCCCUUGAACAAAUAUCCCAGGAGUCAGGCAGUGACUGGUACUUUGUGACAAGCUGGCGUUCCCCUGGCUGGCUUCAGUGGGUCUGAAAACCCUUCAGGGGGAAAAAAAAAUCACUUGAUUUGCUUUUUUUAAUUCUGAAAUUCAAAAAGAAGCUACCAGUUUGCCCCCAAAGAAUUGAAAAUUUCACCUAAAUUGAUGCUGAGUGUUUAUAGAUUUUCUAUGUGUUUUACCCCUAAAUAUUGGGACAGUGGUCAGGCUAGUAUUUUCCUUCUGCGUGUUUCUUACCAAAACAGAGUUUGGGGAAUGACGUCUUAUCACAGGGAUAAAAGCUUACUUUGUGUGGCCUAUUACCUAUCCCUGAAAUAGACCUGACAAAAUCUGGAGCCCUUUGCCUCCAACAGAAGGCAGACCCCUCAGAAGGCUCCACACCUCAGCCUGCAGAACUCCUGUUCACGGUCCCUGGGUAUUUAUUGGCUCCAAGAGGAAGCAUCAGCUUUUCACUCCACCCCUGUGCUGUCUCCUCCCAGCCCCGACACGUUUCCCUUUGAAGUUGUGAUGCUGGGAAUCACAGGCUUCACUCUGCCCUUGCCCUUCCCAGAGGUGCCCUCAUCCCUUCCGGUUCAGCAUCUUCCUUACAAUGUGAAAAAGCACAAUUUGCCAUCACCGCCCAUGUGAUUCCCCCACCAGAUUGUCACCGCCUGAUCUGAGUUACGGCCUUAGUAACUUGUUUUGUAACUCAGGUCAGGCGGUGAUGGAGUAAUUUGACCCUUACUCAUGGUGUUGUGCACGUGAUGAUAGAACAAUGUUCGUGUUGUUUUCUUUGCUGUAGUUCUUGUUUGUGGAUUGAUAGUCAUAACACUUUAGGACCUAACCUGGGAAGUUGCUUCUUGACUGAAGCCUGCUGCACCCCUCUUUUCAUUACUGACGUCAACCAGUUUCUCUUCCACUCGAGGCCUUUGAAAUUGUGAAAGCAAAAGGGCUUUUGUUUUCUGGAUCUGUAAUGUGACCACACCAUUACUGUCCCUUAUGAUUUUGGGGGUAGAUUUGCUGAGGUGAGAAUCAUAGGCAGCACCUCAAACAGGACUGAGCAGGUAAGGCCUCCAAUUAUACAAGUUGUAGAAGUGACCAGAUAUACUUAGAAGAAACAGUGGGUGGGGUGGGGAGUUCUUUAAUUAAGCCAUGAGCAAAAGCCACAGAAAUUUCCAAAGUUCAUACUCCUAAGGUGACCCUUAAGAGAGAUUGACUCUAGGCAGCUGUGUAAGAAGAUCUCCGUUUUCAGUGUUGAUGCUCUCGUCCAGGGAGGAGUUUACACAGUGGAAAGUCCACCGGAGACCCCGGUGGAGACACAGUGGGGCCCGCCUCUUAGUAUUUCAUGCAGGGUGGAAAGAAUCCUCUCGGCACCUGGGCAGAGAGUCAGAAUGAAAAGAUUCGGCCUUUACUUUCCGUGCCCUGCUGUGUGCGUUGGGUCCCCCAUAAGCUGGGCUCCAGGGUGCCAAAUGCUGGCCUGGGAACUUGGUCCCAUCUCUUCAUUUCCACUCACUCCUUCUCCCUCCUCUCAAGAAAAUGGAGGAGUUGGGUGGAGGCAAGGGGCAUCCAGUGGAUGAAUUCCUCCAGAAACUUGCCUUAGUUACAGUGUUGGAGAUUCACUUUUUAAAGGCACUCGUGUGCGUGUGAGAGAGCCUUGUUUUGUACACUCGAUCAAGUUCUUUUUUUCUCCCCCCCAGAUCGGGAACUCUUCAUACUUGGUCCAGAGAUCUUCCGUAGGCACAAAAGGCGUGGUUGCCACGCGUGGCCCACAGUGACGCCGUGGGGUGGGAGCUCCGUGGUCAGACAUGUGCGGCAGUGGGGUGUGUGGCUCAGCACCCUGGCAGGGGCCACUGCGGUGGCUGGUGCAGUGACAGGCUCGGGUAAGCGAGAUGGCUUUACAGAGAUCAGGAGGACAGGCAGGUCAAGAGCUGGCGUGCUGUCAGUGGCUGGUGUUGUUGGAUUUUCUUCCUGCUAGGGUCUAGCAUCCAACUCUGUGGCUUUGAGCUGGCCCUUCCUGUGCAGAAAAAAGCUCGGGGAGACACAGAGGAAAGGACAUCGCCAGUGGCCAGGCUUCCUUCCUUAGCCCCCCUCCCCCGCAGCCAACCCACACCUUCCAGCUGCUUCAGACUUGGUGGGUGCCUGAUAAUGUUCCUUUCUGAAGGUCAGUCUGACACAAGAAGAGUUACAGUCACUCUUUUAUUCUCAAUUGAACAUUUAAGCAGUUUUAUCCGAAUAAUCAAGAGCGAUGUGGACGUUCUCUGAGGACUAAGGGUGUAUAAAUAAGAUGUUGACUUUAAUGAUUAUAAAUGUAGAAAACGAUACUCAGGUGGUAAGUCAACAUCCAUGGGUUUAAAGAGUCUACGUUUCUGUGCUAUUAUGUUUUAAGAAACUGGAAACACAGUGCCAAUUGCCUUGCGUUGCUGUUAAGGAUGAUGUUCAUUUGAUAAAUUGACUGGUAAUGUUUUCAGAACAAUAGACUUUGCUUCCUACAACUUUUUAUACAUGAUUUUAAAAGUGCAUUCUCAGAAGCUGCUGGUCAGAUUCCUUUAGCAAUGAGAGCUGAAGAUUUUUUAAAACUAUGUGUAAGCUUCCUCAGUGCUGUUCAUCCGAUGUGGAAAUUUUGUCACUUCUCAUUUUCACGAGUAAAUACACAUAAAUAGAGGAAGGGAUUCUUCUGGGAAUGUUGCUGUUUAUGUCUAGAUGUGUCACCUGACUGAAGACCAGAGACUCUCUCACCAAAGGCUUUCGGAAACCCUACUUGGUCCUUCCUGGGUUGAUUUUUGUUUUGUUUUAAUACUGGUUAGUUAGUUUUGUUUUUGUCCUCACAAUUUCUUGGGAAAUGGCUUGAAAGAAUUGUUUGCCAGAAGUCUUUGGAGCUCCUUUGUAGAGUAGAUGGGCUGUGUGCAUGCGGGCUGAUGGAGGUUGGGGUUACUGGGGCUUUGGGAUUCUGGUGGCCAGCAAGGGUGCUCCCACACCCCUUUGUUUAUUUCCAGUUGCUCAGAGAUGCCUUCACUAUGGUUGACCUCUGUGCAGUGCUAAUUCCCCCCACGUUGUCUCCUUCUGCCUUUUUAAGAUUAUUUGCUUAUUUAUAAUAAUUUUGGCCAGAAGUUUACUACCAUUGGUGCUUCCUGUUACCUGCAAUGGGGAUUCCAGAGCCCGUAUGCAUUUAAGCUGCCUACGUCUUUUUCUCCUUUGAUUGCCUUUCUAAAGAGCAUCUCAUUUCGGCGUACAUUCAUGUCCUACCCCUCUUGAAAAUGAAAGGGGGUUUUAGAUAUAACUAAGAAGGAUGUGAUCUCGGGCCAAGAUGCACUUGUCCAGAGAGCACCCUGGGCUCUCCUUCAUUGAGGACGGUGCCGAUACCCCUGGGUUCAUGACAUUCUCUGUAGGGUAUUCUCCUUGAUUUACUAAAUCCCUCUGGCUUCGUUCUUAACUGUGUUUCCUGCCAUCCUUAAAUAUUUGUAAAGCCUCAGACAUUUUAAUCCAGUUUUGUAUUUUAGGCAGAGAUGUGCUCACUAAUAUACUCGCUUAGCAGGAUACAGGUCUUUUGAAUUAAUGCUAACCAUUCUAAAGAUUUCUCUCUCUCUCUCUCUUUUUUCCCUUCCUCAGUAAAUCAUUUACAGAAGUGUUCAUUUUGAGAGGAUGAAGUAUUUGGCUUUUACCAAAGAGGUUUUCUUUUUUUAAAAGCAAAAUCCUUUCAGCAAAAACUUAACUUGGGGAAUGGUGGAUUAAGAAUGCAUUUGUCCACAUCCACUUCCAUAGGUGUUAAUCAUGUUUAUGUGAGUAAAAUGUUGGAAAGAACUCUUUAAGGUAAUCCUUUGUGGUGAAGGAUCCUGGGAAAUUCUCUCAGGUAAAGAAAGCUUGCAGCAGAUGGGUAAUAUAUGUCUUGAGAGCUAUUUAUAAGAAAUUUAAGGAUUGUUUUUUUUUUCCUUUAUUAAAGAUUUAAGGUUAUUUUACUUUGAAAAAAAACUACAGAAGUUUUAUAAUCAUAACUUUGUUACUUUUUAAAACAAAACUUGUCUGAAAUAAUUAGAUAUAGCCAAAUUAUGUGGUUAUGUUUUGCUGUUAGAAUUUUAAAAUGUAGUAUGUGUGGUAAUCUACUGUUUGAAAUUUAUAAUGGUCUCAGAUAUGUUUGAGUUUUGGUAACUUUUAAAACUAGUUAUUUUUUUGUUUUAAGUCACAAAGGCACCUAUGGAUUUAUAAUUGGGGUUCUUUUGAGUGCUAAUUUUUCUAUGAAGCAGCCGAAGUUGACCAGUCUUUUCCUAGGUAGAAAACUCAAAACUUGUUAACUCUGUACUUUAAUAAAAUUAAAAAUUGAAAACUA